GGACCAUCUUGUUGAGACUGGCUCUGUGCACACUUGCUGGUUUAUGGGUGUGGGGUUUUGGCCCAUGCUGUCAGUGAUGCUGACCCUUCUAAACAGCUGGAGCCAUACAUGGAUGAGAACUUCGUUUCAAGAGCCUUUGCCACCAUGGGAGAACUUGUUCUGAGUGUAAAAAUCAUCCGAAAUAGAUUGACAGGAAUUCCAGCAGGCUAAUGCUUUGUAGAAUUUGCAGAUCUGGCUACUGCAGAGAAGUGUUUACACAAAAUCAAUGGAAAACCGCUUCCUGGUGCCACACCAUUUCUGUUUAUCCUUGUUGCAGGCAAAGCGAUUUAAACUGAACUAUGCAACAUAUGGAAAACAGCCUGAUAACAGUCCAGAAUACUCACUCUUUGUGGGAGAUCUGACCCCUGAUGUCGAUGAUGGCAUGUUAUAUGAGUUUUUUGUUAAGGUUUAUCCAUCAUGUAGAGGUGGCAAAGUUGUUUUGGACCAGACUGGAGUUUCCAAAGGUUAUGGGUUUGUGAAAUUCACGGACGAGCUGGAACAGAAAAGAGCCCUGACAGAGUGCCAAGGGGCUGUGGGAUUGGGCUCUAAACCCGUACGCUUGAGUGUGGCCAUACCAAAAGCUAACCGUGUGAAGACGGUGGAGUACAAUCAGAUGUACAACUAUAAUUAUAACCAGUAUUACCAACAAUAUCAGAACUACUAUGCCCAGUGGGGAUACGACCAGAACACAGGCAGUUAUAGCUACAGCUAUCCCCAGUAUGGAUACACACAGAGCACCAUGCAGACAUAUGAAGAAGUUGGUGAGGAUGCAUUGGAAGAUCCAAUGCCUCAGAUGGAUGUGACAGAAGCAAACAAACAGUUUAUGGAACAGAGUGAAGAACUCUAUGAUGCCUUGAUGGACUGUCACUGGCAGCCUUUGGACACUGUCUCUUCAGAGAUUCCAGCCAUAUUAUAGCCUCAUUGCAGAGGCAUUGUCUCUACAUGACAAGCCAGCGGGCACCAGACUCCUACGCUGCACCUGGAACCUGCAGUAGUGAAGGGAUGGCCCCUCUUCCACCCAGGUCUCUGACUCAAAGUACAGGGAGACUGUGGCAUUUCCUGUGCACAAUGAGUAUUGGAGGAGCAUCGUGGUAGCUUUUAUUCAUGGUGAAAAUUAGAACUGCAACAGUUUUAUUCCUUUGGUCUUGAAAUGAACUCUUAAUACUUCUUGGGGAAUUGUAAUUUAUAAACUUUAAACAAGAUGGCACAGGGGAAAGACUCUUCUCCAAUAUACAAUAAAAAAAAAAAUUGGUCUUUUAAGUAAAAUUAUCCUUUGCAUUUUG